GCUUCGUUUCUUUGGCCAUAAAGUGAACAGGAAUAUUUGAAUGUCUAUUAUUUUCAAAUCGUUCCACUCAUUUCAGAUUAGUUUGUUAUCAUGUAAAAUGUUAAGUUUUAUAUAUGGUGAGAUAGUUAUGUGAGGAGGGAAUAGAAUUGAUAAUGUAACUGUGAUCAAACAAACGAAGUUGAGUAAUUCAAUCUGUGUUUAUUACCUAUUUCAGCCUAAAUAUAAAGACCAAAACUAGCUUUGAAAUAUGGCUUUCAACACAACUGAAAAUGCAACAAACUCGAGUGUGGAAUUUUUCAUUUCGACGACUGAACCAUUCAAAAUUCCUUUGACUAUUUGUGAAAUCACAAACGCAUUUUUGCUAUUGUCAUCUCUGCUGGUUUUGUUGAGUUUGAUAGUGUAUGGAACAAAAACAAAUAAAUGGAGAAAAACUUCGGGAACAUCAAGUCUAAACAGCGGGAAAAUCUACACUGGUUGUGUUGCAGUGGUCGUCAUCACAAUCUUGAGACUUGUUCUCAACGUCGUAGCUUUCCAACUACCACGAAUGGAUAAUGCACUGAGAUGGUGUGAAGUGAUAUGCGAUAUAGGAACUGGUGCUUACUUUAUCUGUAUGUACGCAACAUAUCUAUUUUUAUGGAUGCGACAAAGAGUCAUAUUCCAGCACCCUUCCCUGCGUGAUCUGACUGGAAAAUGGAUGAACGUUGCCAGUUGGAUAUCAUUGAUAUCUCUGAGUUUCGUUACUCUAGCAGUGUUGUAUUUCUACAUAGAGCCUAACACAUAUAGUCCAACCCCAGAAGGUUGUAUUUUGGAAAAGAAAGGCAAUUCUAAUAAGCUUUCUUACAUUAUGAUGUCUGUAUUGGCGUUUUCCCAAGUGCUAUUGGUCAGUUUAUUCAUCUACCCUAUGCUGCGGAGUAAAUCUGUACGAAACCUUGACACUAAAGAGUUAAAAAGCUCGGGUAGUAUCAAGAAAAUUAUCAAAGCAAAGAGAGACAUGAAGUACAUUUUCAAACGAUUAGUUUUGGGGAACAUGUUUGGAGAAACCAUUCCUGUCACGUGGACAAUUCGUCGAUCGGUGGUAAGUGGUAUGCUUGUCGCUGUCACGGACCUGAUGGCUACCAUUAUCGCAUCUCUGCUAAUAGCCCCAACCAUUCCACGAACAAUUACAGACACUAUUUAUAGCAUAAAUUUAUUAAUCAACGUAUUUUGCAUUGUAGCGACGUUGGGAAGUAACCGACGUAUACUUGCAAGUAUUUGUAUUAACAUUUCCAACGAGAGGGCAUCCAGGACCACAAAUGAAUCAUACACUAGUAAAGAAUACGAUAGUGAAGUAAAGGAAAUGGCAGAUUCUACUUCGAGUGUUCCCUGAAUUCAUUCAUUAUUUAAAGCUCGAACCGCUAACCAAUAACACUGUAACAACGUAUAGUCGAUUUCGCAGUUAUUCAAACUCACUCUAUAUUCUACACACGUUAAUCGUGGAUAAAGCACGCAAUCGAAGUCUCAUGCACAGCUUGUUCCUGUGACGACAGACGAAAAAGUCAGUUGGCAGAAUUUCGAGUGCUUGACAGAUUAAUUAUUGAAUUGACUUUUGGCCAAUUGGUGGGAAUUUUCUCUGACAUUUGUGAUCCGGAAAUAAGUGACCGGCAUGUCCUGAUAAUUCAUCGAUAAUGGCCAACUUUAUUUGCAUAUCUUCCGGUCAUUGAAUUGUAUAUUGGCUGACAGGCUGCGAAUACAAUAUAAUUUCACCAAUUUGUGGAUGAAUUUAAAUUCUGAAAAUGCCUUGAAUAUGCGAUUGAAAUGCUUAGUAAACUGUUGAAUCUUUUUCUUAGCAAUUUUUAAAUGCCAAUUUUAACAAUCGAAAAUGAGUGAUAUUGCUAUGACGCAAUGUAAAGAGAAUUUAAAAAAUUGUGAACGUGAUGUACAUUUGUAUUUUUUCUGCCAAUUUUUUGUUUAUUGAUUAUUUAAUUAAGUAUAUACAUAGUCGUUGAUCGACUUGAACUUAUUCAUGCUUAUUUAUAUCGUUAAAUAAAAACACAUUUAU